AUCGACGCGACGUGCAAGCGCACGCUGAUUCGGCCGACAACGAGUCGUCCGCAUGUCAAGGAAUGUUCGCGUCGGACGCCAAAGCAUGAGGGACGCCAAAGCAUUGACGUAAUGAUGCAGAGAGCGGUGCUACUGCUCUGUUGGCUGCCGCUUCUCAACCACUGCCACGCCGUAAAUCCAGGUUGUUCUUGCGUUGUAUAUAGCAGCUCGGAGAGGCCUCAAGGUGGCACUUUUACAUCCCCCAAUUUUCCCAGACAAUACCCGCCGAACAUUGAUUGCCUUCUUUACACGUUCAUCGGUCAUCCGGAUGAGAUCAUCGCUUUAACAUUUCAUCAGUUUAAUAUUCGUCGUAUCGGGCCCAAUUGUUCCAGGGGUGAUUAUUUGAAGCUAUUUUUACAUCUGGAAGGCAAGGGCGUUUCCGAGUACACUCCUUGGUCUGGCGUGCUUUGCGGAGAGCUGCGUGACAUCCCGCAAGUCCUUUACAGCUCAAGAUCGAGGCUUAUUCUGGAGUUUCACACUGAGAGCCCAUCAUCUAAUGCCACCGGCUUCUCCGGAGUAUUUCGUUUCAUCGAUAGACGUUUAUUCGAGACGAACGGCCUACUGGUGCCCGGUACGAUGUGCGAUUACGAGUAUGUCAGUUCGCAAUCGACGUCCCAUUACGGACGAUUCUACUCACCGCGCUACCCGUCCUCCUACCCAAAGAACAUCCGGUGCUCUUACCUCUUCCGGGCAAGAUUGAAGGAGAGAAUCCGUUUGGUUUUCGAGGAAAUCUCGCUGCAAAAAGGAGACCUAAGUUGCCUGAAUAGGGCGGAUUUAAUCAGGGUGCACGACGGAACGGAUUCAGGGGCGCCCACAAUAGCCGUGCUCUGCAACCAAGGAGCGGAAGUGGAGGUACUCAGUACAGGGCCAGACAUCUACGUCGAGUUCGUCGCUAAUUCCGACUGGCCGGGCCAGGGCUUCAAGGCGAAGUUCCAAUUUCAACCAUUGGACGACGCGCCGCAUCCUGAGCCGGACAAGGUCCCGGGGGCCGUUACGGGGAACCCUAGGUACUCGGUCAUCGGACCAGCUGUCAGCGCUACAACGUCGCUGUGCGACAUGGUUUACAACAGCGAUUCGACGAAAACGGGUAUAGUCAUGUCGCCUGGAUACCCAAACCCGUAUCCGGCCAGGACGCAUUGUACAUACGACUUCCAAGGAAGAGGAAAGGAACGGGUGCAGGUGAUAUUCCAGGAUCUGAAUCUGUUUCAUUCGCCGAACGACACGCCGAAUGACUGCGAGGGAGUCGACUCACUAGUGGCAUUCGUACAUAUAGACGGGAAGAAGGAAAAGAUAGACGCGUUCUGCGGGGAGACAUCGCCAAGGCCUAUCAUGAGUAAUGGUCCGCGGCUCUCGUUGGAGUUUCAGGGGGUAACGUCGUCCCGCCAUUCAAAAGGCUUUAAAGCGACGUACUCCUUCAUGGAAAACUUCGGGAUAACGACAGGUCGGCAGGAGGGGCAGUAUCCGUGUGCCUUUGUUUUCAACAGCAACGAGACCCGGAAUGGUACGUUCGCGUCGCCAAAUUACCCUGGGCUGUACCCUCGUAGCACGGAGUGCCACUACUUCUUCAAUGGUCAACAUAACGAGCGGGUUCACCUUCAUUUCCACUUCUUCGACGUCGAGGGAGUGUUACCGUGCGAAGCUAUAUCAGCCAGCGAUUACGUCGAAUUCUCCAAUUACAUGAUCAGAGACCGAAAAUACAAGAGGCAUUGCGGUCAGAUGAAGGAAUUCGACAUUUACAGCGACAGGAAGUUCUUCCGCGUUACGUUCAAGAGUAACGAUCGUCUCGACGCUACGGGCUUUAAUGCCAGCUACGUGUUCCUGGAUGAGGAGGAGAAUUACACGAUAAAGAUACCUGCGAGCAACGGAUCGGCACGGCACGGUGUCGCCCUUCCGCCGUUGCUCCUGUUGCUGUUGCUGUUGACGAGCCGUCUUCUCGCUGGCAGCGCUAGAGACUCGCAUUAAGAGAAGCGGAUCUAUUCGGAUGGCUCCCUGGCUCAACUUACAACGAACCGCAAUCUGGAGAUCGAGAAGGCUAUCCAGAAUCGCCGAACAGUUUCAUCUCCUCACCGAAGAAAGUGGCAACCUCGUUGAUGAAUUCGUCGAGAGGGAGCGUGUGUUACUAAACUCUAUUAUCCUCUCCCCUCCCCAAGACACGGCGUCUUAAAUUUAUCCCACUCAUCCUUCCUUCAUUCUAUCUCUCGUUCGUUCGCGUCACGUUAACUAUUUUAUCUCCUCUCGAAAAGAAAGGCAUUGGCAAUAAAAUAUUUUUACGUCGUCUGAGAAAAUGGCGCGCGCGGAGAGAGGAGAAAUGGAUGAGGAGGCCGGUGUCAUUUGUUGAGAGUCCGUUGCAACAACCCCGUUACCAUUAAACAGGGAAGUGGGAUUAAUUGGCUGCAUGGCUAAAUUGCCGCUAAUAGCCUACGCGGGUAAGUUAUAGUCGACAGUUAAUUCUCCCCCGAGAAUUCUUAUUUUCAGAGGGAAAGAGAGAGAAAGAGAAAGAGAUCGUGGUAGUUUUUUCUGCGAAAACAUUACGAAUCAUCGCUCCGCCGCGUCUUGAUUUAAAGAAAUGUAUUUUAAAAGAGCGCGCGCGCGAGAUAUCCGCUUUUAAAAUUAUACCCAGUCUUAAUCGCAGCUAAAACGAGUCUACAAAUAAAUUUUAAUUCUCUUUUAUGUUUUUUUUUCGAUACUGAGCGAAUUUCAAAAUUCUUAAGCGCGCGCGCGCUGUUGGGGAAGCUUUUGUAUUGUAUUUUAUUGCUGUGUAUAUGGACCAUUUAAGCCUAAUUUUAUUCGUUCGACGGACAAUGUUUUUUCCUCCUCCCGCGCGAAACGAAUCUCUCAAGUCACCGUCCGUGUCUAUCGCUCGAGAAAGUCAUUACCGUAGGAAAAAGACUCGCCUUCACCAAAUACGCUAUAUAUGGACGAACUUAUUGACAUUACACAUCCUCUAUACGACUGUGAUGUUCCCAUUCUUUCUUAUUAGUUUACCUUAGAGACGGAAGCAAGUCUGCGCGCGAAAGCGGACGUUUAUUCGUAUUCGAAUAUAAUUAGGACGAAGAGGUCUAUACUAUGUAUUAAUCGCCGAUUGCAUCGCGGAAAAUUUUAGGAAAUUAAGUAUUUAUCGUCGGAGUUUUAGGCGAGCGAGCGAGCGAACGUUUUUUUAAACAAAAAAUCGCAAAUCAAUUUUGGAUUUCGAAUCCAGCAAGAAUACGUAAUCGACGCGUUUAACGAUAACAUGUAUAUGGGAGCGGUCGAAGCGCAAUGUGUGUUCUUAAAAAUGCGUGCGGUCGAACGGUUGCGAUAAUGAGUGAUCGACCGAAUUUACGGGCCGCUAACGAUUAAUAGGGAAUGUUUUGAAAACACUUUUUGAGCUAGUGGAGAGACCGCAUUGAUAGCGCAUAAUUCGAUAUCGCGAGAGAGAACACAUUGGUGUUUAUCUUUUAAAUCUGCCUUUUUCAAUAUAUAUAUACAUAUACAUUAUAUUUGAUACGGAUCGUGGAAAAUUAAUUGCGCACGGCAUAAAUUUACAAUCAUCACAUAUUCUCAUCCAAUUUCAAUGAUGCAAUUAUGAAUGGAAUAUAUUAAAUAUAUAUUUUGAUCUAACAUUUUUUAUUGAUUCGCUAUUAAAAUCAGUCUCAGUUUAUUACUAUUCUCUAAAGUUUAAUAUAUAACUUUUCUUACACACGAGUAUAUAUAUACGUUAGCUAUUGCUGUCUCUCUUGUUAAAACAAGGUCUUUAAUUGAUUCUUUGAUAAAUUAGAGAGUUAUUUUUCAUUACUUUUAUCCAGCAAAAUAUUAAUAAAUGUCCUUUAUACGCGUCGAAACAAUUUUUGUCAUAAUGGCAAUUAAAUCCGUAAUUAAACUAAAUUCCGCCAGAAAUUAACUGUCGAAAUUAACUCUAAAUUUUAACAACGACCCCAUAAAUAUAAUAGAGUUUUUGUUUAAAUAAUUAUUAUAAAUUAAUUAAUUUUAUUAUAGAAAAUGCAAUAUUAAUUUUUCAAAGACCGCUUUUUUUGAGCAAUUAAAACUGAUAAAAAAAUUCAUUUUUUGUUUUAAUAUAGAAUUAUUUGAGAAAUAAUACAUCUUGAAAUAUUUGUCGAUACAUAAAUCGACAUAACAACCGCCACUUGAUAAAGUUCUUGUUGACUCUUGCAAAGCAUACAUACUACAGUAUGAGCGCACACACGCCAUAGUUCUAACACAUAUAUAUUAUGUAUAUGUGCCACCAUCUUCAAAGAGUUAACGAGGCAGAGUUAAUUUCGUACGUUUUCAUAUGCGAUAUAUGUGCAUCGGGCAGAGUCGAGGUUGAAAGUUGUUAACGUUGAUGCCACUACCGUUAUAGAAAUAAAGGGAGCAAAGAUGAUGAAAGUCGUGCGCGCUUGACGGGAAGCACAGCUUGUUAUAGAAUAAUUUACAUAAAGAUCGUACAACUUGAGGAACGAGAAAAGAAGAUCUACUCGACUCAUCUCCGGGUAGAUUCGAGCGAGUGCGUUCGCGCUAUACAUCGACGUAACACUCAAACAACUCUCCACUUUCUCGAAAAAUGAUUUCAAAUGUUGGUGCUAUAGCGGAAUUAGUAGGCCCAACGUAUUUCCUCGAGCUUAUUACAGCGAUUAUGACAACCAGAUAGUGUCGUUUUCUGACACAUCAAGUGCACGGAGGUCGAUAUGACCGACUGUCUAACUACUUAUCGUGUCGAGAAGUGUAAGCGAUUUCUCACAUUCGAGAGAAAUCGGAAAAACUACGGUGGUAGAAGAAUAAAAUACAAGUGAAAAGAGAGAGAAACCAAACAGACUUGUAUGAACUCGAUAUCAAAUUGUGUAUCUAUAGAUACAUAACUAGGUAGCAAUACUGUCAUUGUGUACGUUAGAUACUCUAUUGUGAGUGAUUUUUAAAUAGGUUUAUAAUAUGUUGGUCUUCUUCCGAGUUUCCGGCUGAUUUCUGCGAAAGGGGUGUGUGUGCGAUGCGACUUGUGAGUGCGAGAAAUAAAGCGGAUUGUGCGCGUGUGUGACCAGAGAUCACCCUUUGUUUUCCGUUGACGUUUUCUCGUGUUAAUGAUAAGAGGAAGGAAAAGGACAACCUCUCUACAUACACUUGAUUAAUUAGUAAAUUGAAUAAUCGGGGCACUACGAAAUGCUUAUAUAUGUAACUAUCACCAUGUAAAUAUUGUUACAUUCAAUCCGUUUCAACUGCUGUCACUAUACAUAGCCAUACCGUCUCAUCCCGCAUUAGCGAUUCACCGAUCGAGAGAGUCAAUGAGAAGCAGUAUAAGUCACAGCUUCGACAGUGAGAAGUAUAUAUAUAAAUACAUACAUGUAUAUAUAUAUAUAUAUAUAUAUAUAUAUAUGCAUCUG